AUGUCCACCGGCAGGGACAUAUCACUCGACGACCUCGUCAACACCUCCACCGCUCGCCGCAGAUUCACCGCCGCUCACGGACCAAACCGCAACACCGGCGUUCGUAAUCCGAUCAGAACCACGCCGUACUCUAUUCCUCCGUCUCAGGAAAUGAUGCAAAUGCAGGCUGCUAGAGAAGCGUUGCGAAGAAGAAGAAGUACCGUCGAUGUUCCGGAAACGAUUCUCGAUCACGACGCUGUUCAACCACGACCUAUCACUAAACUCUAUUUGUCUAACUUGGAUCAUAGGGUUUCCAACGAAGAUAUUAAUCUGUUGUUUUCGGAAGAGGGUGUUUUGGAAAGGUAUUCCAUUCAUUAUGAUCACUUUGGGAGACCAAGAGGAACAGCAGAAGUUGUCUUUACAAGGCAGUCUGAUGCCUUAUCAGCCUUCAAAAGGUACAAUAAUACGAGGCUUGAUGGAAAGCCAAUGCAAAUUGAGCUUGUUGGAAUUGGAACAAGCUCUAAUAUUACUCCUGCCGAUACGCGAAUUGGAAGCCCUGUUACUCCGGCCGAUACGCUUGCUCCUCCUGCUGAUACUCCUCUUGGUCAAAGCAGCAUACCGGGAAGACCAAAUGAUCGUGUCUCUGCAAGGGAAGAAAGGAAUAAUGGAAGCAGCAGGUGCCAUAAUAGCUUAAGAUAUACCUAUCUUCCAAUGGGCCGUGGACAAGAGAUGUUCCUUAUGAGGCAAAUAUCUCUUGGAGCUACUGGUCCCGACUUUUGGAGUUAUGACCGUAGCCGCGAAGAAUGA